UCUCUGCAACCCCCCGCAGGAUACAGACACAAUGGAUCCCUUUUCCUAUUGUGAUAUCAGCUCGGUAUUUCUCACCAAAACAAUAGACAAAAUCAUUUCACCCAUGGCCGUCCAACUUUGCCAUUUGAUCAUUUCUUUUGAAUGUAACGGAGCCGAAUUUGCUGAGAAGAAUGUGGAUUUUGAGAACACCGCUAAAGACUUGUCCAGAGCUAUGGAACAUUUUGCUUACACAGCCACCAGACUAGGUGAAGAAUGUGAUGACGGGAUUCUAAGAAAAGAGCUGGACAUAGCAUCUAAAUCAAUGCUGAUUUUUGGGAAGAAUAUCUUAUUGGCAACACAGAAACUGAACAUUCAGCCAAAUUUUCAGAAGCACCAAGAAGACUUAAUAAUUUCUGCACAGAAUGUUCUACUAGGAACCCUAAAGGUAUGUACCAAAACAGAUGCUUCUCUAUUUCCCUUCAUAAAGCUAGAUGUUCAACAGGAUUGGAUGCAUAAACUGAGGGGUAUAUUUAGUAGCGUUAGAGAUAUUCUCCUUUGACUCAAUUAUGACUAAAGCAUCCAAGGUAGUCAGAAAUUCAAAACAGUGAGCACACCAGUAUAAUGUUUGUUAAAUAUUUUGAUCAGUGGAUUUAAUGAAGAACAUCUUGUGUUGUAUUAGCAAAUUAUUUUAUAAUGUAAGCCUUUAUGAACCUCAUGCAAUUAAUCAUAAGAUUUUUUAAUUUCAGUGAGUGGGGUUAAGACUAUGGAAAAUUGUGAAUGUGGCUCUAGGGCUCUAGGAGAAUUUAAUAUACAUUUGCAAGGGGGCAGUGAAAGCUUUUGAGAUAACAGGUUUAGCAUUUGCUCCUAAGUGUGGGUUGUGAGGGACCUACAUGUCCCACAUUCCAUACACAAUAGUUACUGCUCUGUAUGUUCUUUCAAUAGAUACUCCAGUUAGAAGAUGACGCAGCAGUAAGACAGAUCCUUCAAGCUACAGACUGGCUUCUGGAUUGCUUAGCAUUUCUACAAGCAGCUGACAACAUGUCACAUCUGCUGAUUUCUUUCCGGGAAUUUGCAGAAGCAUUGCUCUUGGUUAAUACUUUGACAGAAAGAAGAAUUCUUGAGCUCAAGCAUUCCCUACAUCAGGAACAUUUAUCUUCAACACUUCAGAAUCUUAAAAAAUGUGUACCAAUGUUAUACACAGCAAUACAGAGCGAUAUGAUGCAUCCACAGAAUGAGCAAAUCAUUGCUUCAAGAUUGUAUAUAUUUGACUUAGCUGUAAAAACAGUACAAGAACUGAGGCUUAUGCUGACCAACGGGACAAUCAAACAAGAGCAGCUAAAGGCAGAGGGAACAUUUUCUCGGCAGAUGUCCAAUUUACUUCAGAUACUAAACAAUCCAAAUCCUACUCAUUUACACAACUCUGACUUGGACUUUCUUGUUGGGGGCAUCAUUUUCUACUCUAUGUUUGUAGCCGAUUGUUCAAGACCAGUUAUAAAAUUAAGGCUAGUCAAACAUUGUCAACAACUUUUGGAGCUUCGAAAAGAUGUAUCUGAUCAGUUAAACGACUGCCUACCUGAAGGACUAUGCCCAAGAACAAUGCAACGCAAAUUAGAGCAGAUAUCCAACAAAAUGAAAGUAGAGAUGGUCAAUCUAAAUCAGACUUUGGUCUCUGCAAUUUUCUGUCAGUUUCUAGAUGCUUUCACUGGUUCUCAUGAUCCGUUAAAAAGGCUGCUAAAAUCUAUAAUGAAGAACAAUAAAAAGUCUGGCUUUCAAUCUCAGAGCCUCUUUGGUUCAAAAACCCUCCCACUUCUUCUCCAGACUUUUCAAAACCACACUGACAAGUUAUUAAAAAUAGCAGGUCUUGUUUUAGCAAAAUGUCCUAAUGAUAGCAUCAUUAAAGAAAUACAAAAUUCCACAAAUAUUUUGUGCACAGUACGUGAUGCAGUUAUUUGUUUUAUUCUAGACAACAAAAUUAAUUAUGAAACGAAAUUCUUUGAAAAGGCUCAGUCCAUAUAUCAAAGAUGGACUCAGGCUACGGAAAGCUUACUGGCCAGUCUUGAUGGGAUUGUGACUGUACACAAAUUCCUAGAUCUGUGUAUACAUGAGAUAGAGGACAAGAUACACGGCUGUGAAAAGUCAUUUAGGAGGAAAGAAUCGGAAGCCUUUCGCAAUCAGGCUGAUGACAUCUGCAGUCUUACAAAACAUAUUGUGCAGUUUACUAAUCGAUACAUUGAUCAAAGCAAGGAUCCAGUUUUUAGAAAUGGCUUGAGAGUUUUUGUACGCCAGUUGGAAUUCUCUAUGCUGGAAACAAAGAAAUCAAUAAAUAAGUGUACAGAAGAGAUUUCGUGUGCAAAGUCUCAGAAGGUGUUCGCAGACAAAAUGAAACAUUUGCUUGACAACAUCUACAAAGUGCAAGAGGGAGUCGAUGGUUCUAAACAUCCAGACUUACUUUGUCCCUUAAGAACUGAAGUUCAUCCAGUUACUGAGAAACCAAAAAGUAUUAUUUUCAGUGAAGCUCAGGAUCUGCAAGAAGACAUAGCUGAAACUGAUAAUGAAUGCAAUGGCUCUUCCCCUUUCUAUGAAAGCUAUUUAAGCAAGCCUCUUCCUUUAAGGGUUCCAUCAAAACAUGCAAAGCAGAAUAAGUUAGACUCUGUUAACAAAUUACUUUUAAGUGUACAGCCUGAAAUAAAUGAACUUAUAUCAGCAAUAAAGAAAAAUGAUCUUGAAAAGAUUUCAAACUAUUGUUGUUCUUUAAAUGAAAUGGCAAACUCUCAUAUUGAAUUAGCCAAGGUGGCAAUUCCUUUUGUGGAUCCGCUUGUGUCCACAACUUUAAUAAAGUACAAAGACAUUGAAACCCUUAUUCCAUACUUUGCUCAGUUUAACCAAGAAGUAAUUGCCAAGGGGGAUUUAAGCAUGGAUAAACUUAUCCAGACAGCUAUUUUUGUUUCACAUCAUUUGGAAGAAAUAAAAAAUUGUCUUAUAGUAUCAGCAAAUUAUUGGUAUACAUUUUCUAGUCAAUUAUUUUGCUCAUCAGCAAAGGUGGAUAUUCCUUGCAAUAUGGAGAUCUUUAGCAGAACUAUGCAGAGUUUGGCUUCAAUAGUCCAGUUAAUAAACCAAAUUUUGAACAUUGGUCAGGGGGAUCACACAAGAGGUGCAGUUUCUGGAAAACACGAACAUGUUGCUAAAAUUCAGGUUCAAAUGACGAAGGCCCAAAUAAGGUCAAACCAACUCCUUUGUAAAGCAAGGUUUCUAUCAGAUAAAAGUAAUCUGGAACAUAGCUGCCUUGAGUGGUCCAUUACUGUUCAACAUUUACUCAAACACGUUGAUGAUUUCAUACAGUUUGAUAGCUUAUUUAUGUCUGAACCUAGAGGUUUAACAAAGAAAAAUAUUUCUGGUAGUAAGACCUUCAUACAGCUUUGUGAAACAUCCUUGUGGCUUGAGGAAGCUGCAGCAUUGUUUAUUAAUACAUGCAUGGAAGGGAAUGCAAAGAAUAAUAUUGGUUCUCUAAAGGAAGCCCUGGGAUCACUGAGAGAGUCUAUCCUAAAAAUAAGAGAUGACCUUAAUAGUUCUACUAAUCCUGCUGCGUGCUUGUUGGUGGACUAUGCACUCAUUCAGAGAGAGGUGGCUAUGAAGAUGCAAUUACUCGCCUAUCACAUAAGAAACAACUACAAGAGAAAAUGUGGCUCAGUGCAAAGUUUAGUGGACUUUGUUGUAUCAGCUGCUAGCAUACAGGGUAAUGAAGAUAAAGUUACAACAGUAACAUUUGCACAGGAUUCCCGUCUACUGGUUGAAAAUAUGAAACUAGUAAAAGAAUCUGUAAAAACUGCUCUUCAUGCAAAAAGCGAAGAAUCCACUUUUUUGGUAGAACAUUUGACAUUUCUUACGUCUGAUAUAGUAACGAGAGCUGGGGAACUUCUGGAACAUCGACAGCAGUGGGAAAGUUUUAGGCUAGAGGUCAUGUCAUUGAACUGGACGGCGAAGGCUCAGCAAUUAAUUUUACAACUUCAGUCUGAUGCACAACUUGAUGCUGCAACUGUAACAUUUGUCAGGCAAUGCUUGCAAAUCAAUUCAGAGCCAGAAUAUCCAGUGGCCAGCAUGUUAACUUCACUUAAAAAUGAAAAACAAAACUGCGCAUCUGUAAUUUCAGCAAAUACUGACAUAAUGACUCCACCGGCAGUUUUGGAGGAAAGUGGAAAAGCUUCCAGCAAUAAAGCCAGCAAUAUUAAUUGGGGACUGAUCAAUACACUUUAUGAGGAAACUACAGUUUGUGGCAAAACGAAUGACUAUAUUUUGUCUAUUAUGGACGAAAAGAAUAUAACCACUGAGGCAGGGCUUAAAGGAACCCAGUAUAAUGAAGCCAAAACAAAAAACCUGAUUCAAGAGAAGGUAAAAGAUUCAAAAGUCUUUAAGGUCCAACAGGAAAAUGACAAUGAAAAACCAUUUCAGGCAUCCAGUAGUCAAAAAGAGCAAACGGUCAAUAAGAAAUCUGAAAAAUAUGUUACGGAGGGACAGCAGUGUGAAGUUGAUAAAGAACAGAGUCAGAAUAUACCUGUUGUAGUUGAUGGGGAGCAACAGUAUUCUGCAAAUGACAAACUCUGUGUAGCGCCAAAGCAAUGUCAAGAAACUGUAGAUAAUAAGAUGAUGGAAGCCUCCCCGUGCGAUGAGCAACCUAUAAAAGUUCCCAAAAAAUUGCAAAACACAGCAGCCAAUGAGAUAUUUCCAGAGAGUAGAGAUGAAAACCCCCAGGAUCAAUUCCAUGAGAGCAAAACAAAAAUGAAUGACAUAAAGUCAGAGAGUGUGAAAAGGAAACCACAAGUUGCAUGCAGCGAGCGGAUAAAAAUCCCUGCUAUUCUAGCACCAAAGAAGUGGCAAGGAUCAACAGCCAAUACAAUAUUGCCAGAGACUGACAAUAAGAGACUGCAACCUAAAUGCAAUGAGCAGAAGAUAAAAAUGACUAUCAAUGCUGCAGAUCAGAAAAGCCAAGGAUCAGUAGAAAAUAAAAUAUUAUUAGAGCCCGGCACAGGGCAGAAAAUAAAAUCCUCUGCUACUCUGAAACCAAAACAGAUUAACUUCACGCUGCACCCUGAAUUCCAGUUGAGAGGGAAGCUGCGCAGAGUCGAUAAAUCUCCUGUUACCGAAGAUGUUCAGACAUGGGAGGGUGAGAACAAUACAGUUGUAAAAGUAACUAGAGAAAUGGCAACACAAAUGUCUCACAUGACACUAUAUCUAACCAGGAGAGGCCCAAUAAAGGUAUUGCUCUUGCUUGUCGACAAGAUAAGCUACAAAGUUGGUUCUGAUCUAGAAACUUGUGAGUCUUCAUAAUGGGAAUUGUAUCACUAAGGAGGAGUAAAUGGAUAUAUACUGGAAAUACUCAAGUAAAAACUUGGAACUGCUGCUAUUAUUAUUAGUAGUAGUAUUAUUAUUAUUAAUAAUAAUAUAAUAAUAACAAUAAUGAACUAAUAUUUUUUAUUACAAUUGUUUAUAUAUUUCACAAUUUAUUUCUGAGUUUCUCAACCCAUCAUAUUUUUCCCAAUGAUGAUUUCAUUUGCUGACUAUUUUUAUCUCUUCUGAUUGGCUGAUUGCAGCCUGAAUCAGUAAUUUCUAACGCACCACUAGAAAUUACUGAUGUCACUAAUAAUCCGCUGAUAUCUAAAAAAAAGAAUUGUUAAUCAUCCUCUGUAGUUUGGGUUUAUUUCAACAACAGCUCCUCUAAGGCAGGCUGAGAUGGCAGACAUGUAGGGCUUCUGCUUAAGGAAGUUUAUUCUGAACUUCCAUUUAAAUAAUAGUAGUUAUUAAAAGUGCCCAGCUGAUGCUAAUGAAAAAUGUGAUUUCGGGCCUCUUCUUUUAAAAUUUUCAUAGUUACCCUUAAGUUGUUACAAACUCAAACACCCACUGACAACCAAAAGGGUGCUGGAAGCUGUAGUAUAAGGAAACCUGUAUGUAUCUUAAGCAAUGGAACAUUUGCCUUGUAUACCUUAUUUGUGCUUCCACAUAUACAUGGGCAAAUGCAUCACUUGGGCACUGUCAUCCCAUAUCACUUGAGUCUUGAUAUUAUUUGUCCAAAUGAUUCUCCUUCCAAGCUUUGCUCUUUAGUGUUUUUCAGUGGGAGCUGCUGGUGGGUAAGGGACAGGCAUCACUAUUGCUCAUUGGCCAAGCCUGAGGCUUUAACCUUCAACAUUUCUUUCCCUAUAAACUCUCUGACCCAGAUAUCAAUUCAUAUUCAAGGUCGGAUUCUAUUCCCACUUCAGCCUCUUGCUGUGGAUCUAAUUCCUGUAUUGAGCUUGCUCCAGGCCUGGACUGGGAGUCAACAUAGGCCCUGCCAUUCCAAGUAU